UGCUACACCCCUUUAAAGGUUCCUGGUUCAGUUGCGUCUGGGUUACAGCCUCUGAGCUUGUGAUCCGUGCAGCUUUCCCACUGUGAGUCUGAAUCAGGAUGGACAGGGACGCCUCCGUCUCCAACGCGAUGUCCAAGAUGCAGAUGGCGAAGGACAUGAAGGAAGAGGACAAGCUGUUCAGGUACAACGGCGUGCUGUACCCGCGCCUCAUGUGCCCCGAGGAAAACCUCCAGGCUCUGCCGAACAUGGAGGCCAGAGAGGACGACGUCAUGCUCGUGGCUUACCCCAAAUGUGGUUUUAACUGGAUGGUCGGGGUGAUGAGGAAGGUUAUUGCAGAGGCCACAGGCGUGAAAACAGAAUCCAAGAUGCCGCCAUUGAUCGAAUUUUUGGGACCGGAUGCCCUAAAGGUUCUGGAUGAGACGCCCUCUCCGAGGUUACUGGGGACUCACAUGCACCCUGACAACAUCCCCAAAUCCUUCGGUGCAAAGAAAACCAAAAUGCUGGUGAUCUUCAGGAACCCUAAAGACACUAUGGUCUCCUUCUAUCAUUUCACCAACAGCAACCCGGUCCUCCCAACCAUGCAGUCCUGGGAAUCCUUCUACUCUACCUUCAUGAGUGGAGACGUUCCCUGGGGGUCCUACUUUGAUCAUGCUUUGGCCUGGGAGAAGAGGAUGGACGACCCCAACGUCAUGAUUGUCACCUAUGAAGAGCUCAAACAGGAUCUGAGCGAGGGUGUGCGUAAGAUCUCCACCUUCUUCGGCUUCAGCCUGACGGAGGCUCAGGUGCAGCAGAUCGCAGAGCGGAGCACCUUUACCGCCAUGAAGCAGAACAACUCCCUCGGUACUAUGGGAAACGUCAUCUUCAGAAAAGGCGAGGUCGGGGACUGGAGGAACCACUUCACACCAGAACAGAGCCGAGAGAUGGACGAAGCCUUCAACAAACACCUGGCAGGAACCAGGCUGGGAAACAAACUCAACUACCAGCUGCACUGUCAGUAGUAGUUCCCCUCUGUAAAAUCCUUUGACUCUAAUGCCAGGAUCAGACUACACAAAUUAAGCCCAAUUUUGACCCGACAGACAGACGCUUCAGCACCAAGACAGAAAAUGUCAAGCAUGGCCGAAUUUUUUUUUUUUCUGCCUAGUGUGACAUGUUCUACCACGUGUUCCUUGACAUUGACCAAUAGGAAGAUGGCGCACAUAUGUAAACAUGGUGAAAAAGGAGAGAUGCUGUCUGGUGCAGGAAAGAUACACACAGUGCCCGUAUAGGCGUUGUUUUCGCGGCACGGACUGCCCCGCUUCCCAGCAUGGCAUCUGUUGCUCUUCACUUUGACCAAUGACAAAAAAUUAAACACUGUCCCCGCCUCCUACAACCACGAUGGCUGCACCUGAUUGGACGAACGCUACACGUGGGGUUCCCAGAUUUUAAAACGGACCAUAAUGGCUCUUAUUUUAUGAAAAUCGCUCACCGAAACGUUAAUCUGAAAACAUUUUAAACGAGAAAUAGGCCAUGCAGUGGCUAUUUCAGACUGACAACGGUCAGUUUAAAAGAUUGCUCCACCUAAGCAUCAACCUAUGAACUUGCGCGUGAUCUUCAUGACAGCAUGCAAAAAUCGGUCUGGGGGGCCAGUCGGUGUCAUACUUGUGUUGCCACUCUUCUGUCCAAGACACAGCAACAUUUUUGGCAAUAUGUCUGUCUAGUUUGAGAUAGUGACUGUUGUGAAUGACAACAAAAUCGUGUAGUCUGAUCCUGGCAUAACCCCUAUUUUCCAGCGGGAAGGUCUGCACUGCGUUCCAGAUGCGCCACGACCCCGACGAGCAAUCGUGGCCAUUCAAGUCAAUGCAUGAUAUUCCACCAAUCGUGCUAUGUCGCGUCCCAGAAGCGUCAACUUUUCCUGCAACGUUCUAAAACAGUUUUCCUCUUGUCGCAUAUCUUUUGGUCUCCACUGGGCAUUAUGAUUUCCAAGAACUUACAAUACAAAAAAACAAUUGUCUUAAUGUCAGCAUCUAAAGGUGCCAUAGGUAGGAUUGUGAAGAUCCAGGACUUAGCCAAAAAAUGUCAAC